CAUUCCGUAUGUUUCCGCUUAUACGGCAUAAUGUAGACUCGCGCACGUCCUUGAUUUGUACGCGGCAAAAGUUUACAGACCGCUUCCAAGAGUUCACUCUGCAGCUUCCAUGCUAGAUGCAAACCCAAAGUACCUAUAAUUUUACGUCUUAUCGGCGGUGAUGCUGCUCGGUUGAACGCCAGCUGAUGAGAAGCGCAAAUGUCGCAACUCGGCGGUCUGGCCCAGCACGCUUGUUUGAAACACGUGCAAGGCGAGCUAUUUUGGCAGAAUGGUAUCGCCUCUCGCUAGCCGUGGGACCUGGGCACCGUCCCAGUUGCCAGACGAGAACCGUAUGCCCAUGCAGCGGGCCGGCUGAGCCCGCACCUCAACUCCCUUCUGCUGUGGCGCCUGAUCAUGCACCCUAUCAGGCAUUGCUGUCGGAGCUGGCCCCGCUCUCCCCACAGCAGCUCCGGGUGGAGGCCCACCGGCGGCCCUCGCAGCUGCUGGACGUAGGUUUCCUAUUUUGGCUACGGGACCAGGAACGGAGGCCAGGUCUGCGUGCAAUAGAUCGCGAGUUGCUGUCCCGACUGGGUCAGGAGCUGACGAUGAUGCGGGAGUGGACGGAGGAGCAGUCCAACCGCACGCUGCUACCCAGCCUGGCCAGCUCCCUGGCGUACGGCAACCUGAGGCAGUGGCGGGAAGAGACGGGGGCUGAAGCGCCGGAGGUGGUUCCCGGGGUGCCGCUGGAGCAACUGUACCGCCUGGGUGAGGAGGAGGAGAGGAAACUGCGCGAGUCGUUGAGGGGCGGUGGUGGCGGCGGCACGGGACCCCGCCGGGUGUCUGCCCGCAGUGGAAUUGAGGAGUUCACCAAGUACAACAAGGCUUAUGCAGACCUGGCAGCGGGCGCUGUGGCCCGAGUACGACAGCGGCUGAUGGGCUUUGACGACGACGGCCCGUCCGCAGCCUCCGCCGUGCUGCGGGCGCUGCUGCGACAGAUGGGGAGCCCCGAGGAGAGGGCCAACUCACUGCCUGAGGCCUUCUCGCCGCCAGGGCUGCAGGUCCUACCCGAUGACGCCACUGCUACUGGUGCUAUUGGGCAAGGCGGCGGCAAGCCGUCCUUCUUCAUGACCACGCCCGCAGCUCUGAUGGCGGCGGCUCGCACACGGCUGGGGGAGCUAACUGGGGCCGAUGAGGGCGGGAUAGCGGCACUGAGUUUAGGCACCCCAGAUGCGGCAGUAGCGCUGGUGGAGGCGGGGUCUGCUGCCUCAGGAAGGACACUGCCGGAGGGGGGCCGAGGAUGGCCCGGCCUGCUUCCUAGCGGUGAGGAUGAGGUGACUGUCCUGGAGGAGCUGCUGCAACUGAUUGACCAGUACGACAAGCAGGUGUACUCACGUAAGACUCCUCUGGAGCGUAUGGGGCACACCCCGGGGCCCUGGGCCAGCACAUUGCAGGCGCCCCGGCCCGGACCACUUGGUCCAAACCUGAAUAGAUAA